GGUAUCGAACCAGCUGGAAAUUAUGUUUUUGUUCUCGAGGGGAACGAGAAGCUUUCAACAGUUAAGAAAGAUGUCUAUUAAAGGAGCACUCAUUGAUCUCAGUGGCACCUUGCAUGUGGAAGAUGAACCUACUCCAAAUGCUGUGGAGGCAUUGAAAAGAUUGCGUGAUUCUGGAGUACUGGUAAAAUUCGUAACAAAUACCACGAAGGAUUCAAAGGCCACUCUUCACGAACGGCUCUGCAGGAUUGGCUUCCAACUGGACCCCUCUGAGAUCUACAGCUCCUUGAGCGCCGCGGUGUCAUACGUGGAAAAUGAGAAACUGAAUCCGUACUAUAUUCUGUCUGAGGAUGCCCGACAGGACUUUCCUCCGGAGGACACUAGGCGCUAUAAGGAUUCAGUUGUAAUCGGUCUUGCACCCAAGGCCUUCAACUAUGACCAGCUAAACGAGGCUUUUAACGUUCUGUUGGAGAACAAGAAUCACAAACUGGUGGCUGUGCAUCAGGGUAAGUACUACAAACGAGCCGACGGUCUAGCCUUGGGUCCAGGGUGCUUUGUCAAGGGUCUGGAAUUCGCUACAGGACGAACCGCCAAAGUGAUUGGUAAGCCCAAUCCUUAUUUCUUUGAAGGAGCUCUGGCUGGACUGGAUCCAGCCUCCUGCGUUAUGAUUGGAGAUGAUGCCAAUGACGAUAUUGUGGGCGCCAUGAGCGUGGGCAUACAGGGAAUUCUCGUCAAGACCGGCAAAUAUUUGCCAGAUGUUAAGCCAUCGCCGCCGCCAACAGCGUUGGUGGAAAACUUUGCCGAGGCUGUCGAUUGGAUAAUACAGAAAAAUCAUUCUUAGACUUAUUUGUUUUUGAAAUUAUUUUUAUCACGUUUAAAACAUAGAUAAAGACGAUUUUUUAAUUUAAAAUAGUUACUUAAUAGGACUUUACUGAUAAUAGUAAGGUUUAGAUAUAAUUAAAUGCUCAAAAUAAGUUCAGUUUUGAUUAUAAAGUAUGUGAAAAACAAUAAAGGACCCAUUUUUAAAGUGUGAACUAUCCA